AUGGAGCGGGGCGGGAGGCGCCGCGGCGAGGCCGAGGGAGGCAGGAUGAAGAGAACUGUCAUUAAAGACUGGAAAGCGAGACUGAGCUACUUCCUACAGAAUUCUUCCAACGCUACUAAUGAAUCUAAGAAAGGAGGGAAAUGCCGCAUCUACUUCAGGUAAGCUACCUUCCCUGAAGAAGCCCAGCUGUGGUCCGCUUUUGAUGAACUUCUUGCUAAUAAAUAUGGUCUUGCUGCUUUCCGAGCUUUCCUGAAGUCAGAGUUCUGUGAAGAGAACAUAGAGUUCUGGUUGGCCUGUGAAGACUUCAAGAAAACCAAGUCACCCCAGAAGCUGACUUCGAAAGCAAAGAAAAUCUACAAUGACUUUAUUGAAAAGGAGGCUCCCAAAGAGAUAAACAUAGACUUUCAAACAAAGAACAUCAUUGCACAGAAUAUUGAAGAAGCCACACAUACCUGCUUCAGUGCAGCACAGAAAAGAGUUUACAGCUUAAUGGAGAAUAACUCAUACCCACGUUUUUUGGAAUCUGAAUUCUAUCAGGAGCUGUGCAAGAAGACACCUAUCACCAGAGCAGCCCAGGGUACAUGAAUGAUAGAGAAGAGUGCAAUGAAGCCUCUUGGCUAGUGAGGAAACAAGCUAAAGCUCAUGGCAGCAUCCUGACCCCAGAGACUUAGAUACUGAGCACCCUGUGUGUUUGCCAUGUUGCAAGGACAAAUACCGACUUGGUGCAAAACUGAUGGCAGAGUGAUGCUUUUGGAAGGCAUUGAGAGUUGACAGGAGACAUGUGCCAGCCCGCUGCUUGUGAUGUGCUUCUCAGAGUGCUGCAGAGAAGGAGACUCCAUGCAUUAGACUAAACCAUACACUGUUCAAGUCCUUGCUGAGGUGGCGGUGCAGCAGAUCAGAACAGAGCUUCCUUUUUACAAACAGAAGCUGCUCUGUACAGUUGUGCUGGGAACUUGAGUAAUUGGUUGCAUAUUCAUUUUUCCUAAACAUCAGCCAGUGUUGCAAUCAUCAGUCACUUGGUGUAUUAACACUGGUUGUGUAGUAGCCUCUAGCUGCUAAGAGAUGGUUGGGUUUCUGUCCAACUUCCAGACAGUAACAGCACUGUGCAGCAAGAGGUGAGGAAGAGAGCUAACAGUGCCCAGAGGAACAGGUUCUACAACUAAAGUAUGCAGGGCUAGCUUGUGUCAGCUGGGCUGCAGGAAGCCAGCUCGAGGGCGUACAGGAGCUGUAUAGUGUUAUAUUUCUGUGUGGAUUAUGAUUGUGUUGAAUGCAACAAUCUCAUAAUUCUGUCUUGAGGACAGCAAACUUCAGUGAAGUAUCUUAUUUUUAAUAAA